GGCAAAACAAUGGAUAGCGCGGAGGGGGGGAAGCACAAAAGGCCCGGCUUCUCCCCCCUUCAUGACUCCUCGUGCAAAAUGUGGAAAAAUAUUAGUAUUGGCGAUAUCGAUAUCAAAGGGUUACAGUUACAGUGCCGAUAAACGAAACAAAUCAAGACAAACAAUCAAACCAAAAAACAAACAAUCAGUCACGGGAUUCGGCAUAGGCAGGUACCGAUGUCGUCGAGCUUGAGCGAAGACCAUAGCAGCACCAUCAGCAACAGCGACAGCAACACCAGCAGCAACAUCACCGGCCUCGGCACCGGCACCAGCGGCGGCGGCAAUAUCACCGUCCGGCCGGCGGCCUUCCCGGACAUCGCCCGCAUAGCCCGCGUAGCGGUGGACAGCCUGCCCGACGACCCAACAUUCGACUACCUGUGGUCACACCGCCACGAGUACCCAGAGGACAACUACUUCUUCUGGCAGCAGACGCUGAAGGGGCACCUAUUCAACCCGCGCUUCACGCUCCUAGUCGCAACACUCACCGCCCCCACCGAGGAGAAAUCCGCCCACUACGCCCUAUCCCCCGCACCACCCCCGCCGCAGGCGGAAACCAUCAUCGCCUUCGGUCUCUGGGAGCGUAACGGGCGGUCGCGGGCCGCGCGCCUCCGCCGCCGCGAGCGCAACAACUGCUACAACCGCCUACACCGCAUCCUAACGCGCCUCGAAACCUGGUCGCUCACGCACCACUACUCCCGGCGCGACUCCAACCCCCUACACCUUUCCGCGUUCUCCUCCGUCAUGAGUUCCGUACACAGCACAUACUGGACGUCCCGCUACCCCGAGAACUUCCAUCUGGACCUUUUGUGCACGCUGCCAGCGUUCCGGCGGCGCGGCGCGGGGACCGCUCUGACGAGGUGGGGGAUCGACGAGGCGCGGAGGGAGGGCGCCGCUGUGGGCGUGGAAAGCUCGCCUAUGGGAUUAGGGCUGUAUGAGGGACUCGGGUUUAGGUUGCUUGAGAAGAUGGUCGUUAAUGUGCAGGGUGAGGACGAGGAGCUGGUUGUUAGGGUGAUGGUUUGUUUGCCUGGGAAGGCGGCGGGGACGGGGACUGGGGCGGUGGCGGGGAUAGAUGGAGGCGUGGGGCGGUGACGGGAUAGGGCUGGACUAGGGACGUGAGUGGGG